AUGGCUCUGGAAAUAGUCGCUGACGUGCUUGCUCGCUUUCUCGGCGUUGUGCUUUUUACAUCAGGCCCGUUCUGGCUUUAUGAUCCUGUUAAAUCCGUUCCAAUCUUCGGUCUGCCCCGUACGAGCCCCGACAUAGCGACAUUCGGCCCAUCCCUCGGUGGGCGGAACAUGGCUGCAGGCGCAAUUGUCCUCGUCUCCAGCUACCACGCCUCGAGAGCCCUCACUGGAGUGUUCCUUGCUUUGAUUGCAACUGGCGCGGGCUGGUCGGAUACAGCGGUGUAUCUAGCGAAGGGGAAAGGGCACAAGAGGCAUCUGUUGAAUAUUGGGAUUAUAUACACCGUUGCUGCCAUGCUCAUCGUGGCCUGA